CAUUUGUGGGCCAAAAGCGGACGUUAUUUAUGUCACACUAAAGGCAUUUCACAUGUAUUUCUCCAACACUUGAAUUCAUUGAUGAAAUCAUUGAAUAGUCGUCUCAUAUAUCGCUUGAGAAGUGGUAAUCAAUCCAACCGUCAAAACACUUCAUCCGAUCCGUUGAAUUGAUCCCAAAAUGGCGGCCAAUAAUGGGUACCAAAGGUGUUGCGAGAGGACGACCGCAACCACACCAUCGCUGGCCAUCGCGUGUGGGAACCGCUGCCCGAAGACCACAAUGAAAGACCGCUUGUCUUCACUCUACGACAAUCACGUGAUGGCAGACGUGGUCUUCAUAUGUCGCGCAAACGAGACACUAAUGGCCCACAAACUGAUCCUCGCGUUGGCGUCGCGUGUCUUCGACCAGUUGUUCAACCAUUGCGUCAACGAAUCCGCUCUGAAAGUGAGCGCCGAAGACGGCAUGACUUACGUCGAGCUCAAGGACUGCCAUAUCGACGACUUGAGACCAGUUGUCCGAUACAUGUAUACCGACGACGUCUGCGAUAUCACCGACGCUAAUGUGGCGAACGUUGUCUUCUGGGCCAAGAAGUUGACGGUUCAGCCGGUGAUCGACAAAUGUGUGCACUUUUUGCGCGACAAAAUCAAUGCCAAUAAUUGUCUCAAUUGGUGGACAAAACUGGCGCCAAAACUCGCGGACGAGACUCAGCUGAUGGCCAGAUGUCUUGAGAUGAUCGCCGCCAACGCUUCCAAUCUAUUUAAGAGUAAAGACAUUAUAAACGUAUCGUUGAAUGAGUUGAACGUAUUGUUAGAUCGAAACGAUUUGGAUAUCAAAGAAGUGGAUCUAUUCAACGCCGCCAUCCUUUGGUCGCGACAGCAAUGUAUCCGUCGAGGGCUGGUAUGCGAUGACCGCAAUCUUCGGCAAACACUGGGCGUCGCCUUCGAGAAGAUCCGCUUUCCAGUGAUGUCUUCCGUCGAUUUCGGACAUAUUGUCGACAAACAUAAGGAACUGUUCGUUAAGGAAGAGUUGUGUUCACUCAUAGCGUAUAUCAACGCCGGGGUAUUACCGAAGACACGGCUGCCAUUCAACGCCAGACUUCGAGAGCCCACUGAGUCGUUGCUAUUCAAUACAUAUCAACAGAUGUGCUGUCCAUCCAAUCAGCCGUCGACAGCGUGUUGUUCUCCGACCACACCAUUGGGGUAUCAGACAUAUGUAUGUUUGUGUCAGUCCUAUACAGACUGCGGAUUCAAUGGUCACGUAUUGACGUCUCCGACCCAUUCAUUGCAUGUGUCAUCUCUUAUGCCACCGCCGCCUUCACAGCCGUAUUCGCCCAACUUUGGUGGCUAUGGACGCAAAGUAUCUGCUCAGACAUCACCUCCGGGCUUUAAAGAGAGAAAACGAGUCCCUCUGACCAUAACUGACCCGAAAUCUGGGCAACGAUUAAAUAUUCAAGAUUUGGCCGCAGGUUUGCAGCCAUUUAAUGCCAAUCACGGCUCAACAGUUGGUCAUCAAAAUAAUCAUGAAAAGAAGAUACAGAUUGUGAACACCAGUGAAGUGACCGCAGAGGUUAGUGCUGUUGAUUCAGAAUGCGAUUCACUUAUUGUGUCCGAAGACUACACAUCCGACGCAAGUCUCUAA